GUGGUGGCCGUCCGGGGGCUCGGGAUCGCACGCACGUCCGCGCGGGGUCCCAGCCACACACGCGGUUCCUUUGCCAUCCUCAGAAGGGCCGGCGCACAAUCAGCACCAGCAGGCACCAUGUGGAUCCAGGUUCGCACCAUGGAUGGGAAGGUGGCCCACACUGUGGACUCCUUGUCCAGGCUGACUAAAGUGGAAGAGCUGAGGAAGAAGAUCCAGGAGCUGUUCCAUGUGGAGCCAGGCCUGCAGAGGCUUUUCUACCGGGGCAAGCAGAUGGAGGACGGCCACACGCUGUUUGACUAUGACGUCCGCCUGAACGACACCAUCCAGCUGCUGGUCCGGCAGAGCCUCGUGCUGCCCGCCCCCAGCGGCGGUGGCACCGGCGGUGGCAGCAAGGAGAGGGACUCGGAGCUCUCCGACACGGACUCCGGCUGCUGCCUGGCCCAGAGCGAGUCUGACAAGUCCUCCAACAGUGGCGAGGCCGCCGCCGAGCCGGAAGGGAAGGCCGACGAGGAUGAGUGGGAUGAGACGGAGCUGGGCCUCUACAAGGCUGGCGAGUACGUGGACGCGAGGGACACGAACAUGGGCGCGUGGUUUGAGGCCAAGGUCAUCAGGGUGACGAGGAAGGUGCCGGCCCAGGACGAGCCCUGCAGCUCCACCUCCAGCCCGAAGCCGGAGGACGACAUCGUCUAUCACGUGAAAUAUGACGACUACCCGGAGAACGGAGUGGUCCAGAUGAACUCACGGAACGUCCGGGCUCGCGCCCGACACAUCAUCAAAUGGCAGGACCUGGAGGUGGGCCAGAUGGUCAUGGUCAACUACAACCCUGACAACCCCAAGGAUCGCGGCUUCUGGUACGACGCGGAGAUCCUGCGGAAACGUGAGACCCGGACGGUGCGGGAGCUGCACGCCAACGUCAGGAUCGGGGAUGAUUCUCUCAACGACUGUCGGAUCAUCUUCGUGGACGAGGUUUUCAAGAUUGAGCGCCCUGGCGAGGGGAACCCCAUGGUGGAAAACCCGACAAGAAGGAAGAGCGGGCCCUCCUGCAAGCACUGCAAGGACGACGAGCGGAAGCCGUGCCGCAUGUGCGCCUGCCACCUGUGCGGGGGCAAGCAGGACCCCGACAAGCAGCUGCUGUGCGACGAGUGCGACAUGGCCUUCCACACGUACUGCCUGUGCCCGCCGCUCAGCAGCGUCCCCGCUGAGGAGGAGUGGUACUGCCCCGAGUGCCGGAUCGACUCCAGCGAGGUGGUGCAGGCAGGCGAGAAGCUGAAGGAGAGUAAGAAGAAGGCGAAGAUGGCGUCGGCCACGUCGUCCUCGCAGCGGGACUGGGGCAAGGGCAUGGCGUGCGUGGGCCGCACCAAGGAGUGCACCAUCGUGCCGUCCAACCACUUCGGCCCCAUCCCGGGCAUCCCCGUGGGCACCAUGUGGAGGUUCAGAGUCCAGGUCAGCGAGUCUGGGGUCCAUCGACCUCAUGUGGCAGGCAUCCACGGCCGGAGCAACGAUGGGGCGUACUCCCUGGUCCUGGCUGGAGGGUAUGAGGAUGACGUGGACCACGGGAACUCGUUCACGUACACAGGUAGCGGUGGACGAGACCUUUCCGGUAACAAGCGGACUGCAGAACAGUCUUGUGAUCAGAAACUCACCAACACCAACAGGGCGCUGGCUCUGAACUGCUUUGCCCCCAUCAACGACCUCAAAGGGGCCGAGGCCAAGGACUGGCGGUCUGGGAAGCCGGUCCGGGUGGUGCGGAACGUCAAGGGCCGCAAGCACAGCAAGUACGCCCCCAUCGAGGGCAACCGGUACGACGGCAUCUACAAGGUGAGUGGGGGCCCCCGUGCCUGCCCCCCGCCCCUGGCCCCCAGGUCACUGACCCCGCGUUUCUUCCCACAGGUCGUGAGGUACUGGCCCGAGAAGGGCAAGUCCGGCUUCCUGGUGUGGCGCUUCCUCCUGCGCAGGGAUGACAUCGAGCCGGGGCCCUGGACCAAGGAGGGGAAGGACCGGAUCAAGAAGCUGGGGCUGACCAUGCAGUACCCGGAAGGCUACCUGGAGGCCCUGGCCAGGAGGGAGAAGGAGAAGGAAAACAGCAAGAGGGCAGCCCUGGAGAAGGAGGAGGACGGGGAGGAGGGCUUCCCGUCCCCCAGGAAGGGCAAGCGGAAAAGCAAGUCGGCUGGAGGCGACGGGUCCUCGCGAGGGGCACCCAAGAAGACCAAGGUGGAGCCCUACAGCCUCACCACCCAGCAGAGCAACCUCAUCAAGGAGGACAAGAGCAACACAAAGCUGUGGACGGAGAUCCUGAAGUCGCUCAAGGACGGGCCGAAAUUCCUGAGCAAAGUGGAGGAGGCGUUCCAGUGUAUUUGUUGCCAGGAGCUGGUGUUCCGCCCGAUCACGACCGUGUGCCAGCACACCGUGUGCAAGGAUUGCCUGGACAGGUCCUUCAGGGCCCAGGUGUUCAGCUGCCCGGCCUGCCGCUAUGACCUGGGCCGGAGCUACGCCAUGCACGUGAACCAGCCGCUGCAGGCUGUCCUUAACCAGCUCUUCCCUGGCUACGGGAGCGGACGGUGAUCCUCAAGCACUUCUCGCCGGGUGUUUUUUUAAAAAAACAUUAUCGGGGAGGGGGGGGUCUGUGGCCCCCAUUUUAUUUUUAGUGAGCUUAACUUAAACAUGUAGUUUUUCCUCCACUCCCUAAAAAAAAAAAAAAGCCUCGUCUU